AUGCUUCUCCAUUCCGCCGCUCUUCCGCGUCGCGUCCUCACCCCGAUCCACACCGCCAGCGCUUCCCGCUGCGUCAUCGCGUGCCCUGACGCCGCCACUCGCCCUCUCGCAUCGCUCGACGCGCUCACCCUUUCCUCCUCCUCAACCAUCUCAUCCGCCUCCCCCUCCUCCGCUUCCGCCAUUGGCGGCUUAACCGCUUCCGCGAUCGGCGCCGUCGACUGCGCCUCCUGCACUGCCUGUCUUGGAUCCUUCGCCUGCGCUGAUGGCUGCUCGAGCGCCGCGCCCCGCGGCUUCCACGGCACCGCGAGGGGCGCCGCGGGUCUAGCAGCAAGCUUCGAAAGGGGGUUAGGUAGCGGCCCCGGCACCAGCGGUGGCGGCGGUGGCGCGUCGCAGUUGAGGGCGUCCCACGUGGCGUCAGCAGCGUCGAAGGAGCUUCUUCGACUAAGUCCCACGAACGCAACCGGCGGCGGCGGCGGCGUGGGCGGCGCCGGAUAUGCCAGCGGAUUCUACGGCGGCAACGAGGGGCCGCUGUCCGUAUUACUCGCGGCGAGGCGGAGCGAGCUCGUGGCAGCAGCGGCACUCGGCAGGAGUUUGGGGUUAGGGGAGAGGGCAUUCAAGGUCGCGGCUGGUGGCGGUAUAGUCGCGGCGGACGAUGUUAUCCGCGGCGCGUUGGCGGCGCUCAGCGUGGGUAACAGCGGACUGGGCGCCGCGUCCGCGUCACCCGCGAAGCCCAUUCAGCCGGUGCAUCUCGCCAUGCUGACGUUGGCUGCCGCGUCAGCCUCCGCCGCGCUUGUGCGGCCGGGGGAAGAUUCUGGACCGUCAGUUUUGCGGUCUGUGGCGUGCGAAGCGGCGGCGGUCGGCGCAGUGCACGCGUCGGUGGAUGCGCGAAAAGCGUCGACAACAGACUACCAUGUCGUCCGCAUCCCGGGCGACGGGCGCUGCUUAUUCCACGCCGUGGCGCACGGCCACCACGCGCGCGCGUCCCUCCCGCAGCCGACGGCGCUCCCCGCGCGCUGCCAGCUGGCGGACGCGCUGCGCAACCAGGUGGCGGACGAGUUCGUGAAGCGGCGGGAAGAAACCGAAUGGUUCUUGGAGGGCAACUUUGAUGACUAUGUGGCCAACAUCCGCAAGCCCUAUGUGUGGGGUGGAGAGCCUGAGCUCCUCAUGCUCUCCCAUGUGCUCAAGUCCCCCAUCACGGUGUUUAUUGCUGACCCUCGUUCCCCUCGCUCGGGUGCCAUCAUGCCCAUAGCUGAGUAUGGCCGCGAGUAUGCAAGCAAGCAGGAGGGAGACGAAAGGAGAGUGGAAGGUGAAGGGAUUAGCAGCAGCAAGGAUGCCAUCUGCGUGCUGUACAAUGGCAGUAGCCAUUAUGAUGCUCUUCUUAUCCCUCGCUCUGCUGCUGUUGAGGGGACGCAGCAGCAGCAGCAAGCGAGGCUGUGA